UGGUGUUCUUGUCGCUUACUAUUGCCGUUCUGUUUCUCUCUUUCUCCGCAGUUUGCCAGUGGUAUAUUUAAACUGAUGUUCAGCUCAGGCUCAACUCAUAAGCAGAGAGUUGAAGUAUAUCUACCAGCGAGUGCGGUGAUGCGAUGCCCGGUGAUCAAAUUUGUCACACACACAGCAUCUCAUAUAUGCUUUUUGAUAUUACUGGCAGCAGCUACAUUUCGUCUCACAGAAAAUUCCGUACACAUCAGCUCUACAGAGGAAUUAACCUCCACUCAACAUACUCACUUGCCCCAUCACGAACGAGCCCAUAGCCUCUUAAAAGAGACUCUUCGACCUGCAAACACACUACUAACUCAUGUACAAAUAUGUAUUGUAUUUUGGAUACUAGGCCUGCUAUGGAUGGAAUGCAAACAAAUCUACAAUACUGGAGCUAGAUCUUAUCUUACAGACUACUACAAUUUUAUGGACUUUGGUGUACUAUCCAUGUACCUGGCUUCUUACUUGCUAAGAUUUAUUACAGAUUUUAGAGUCCAGGAGGCUGACAG